CAAGGCAUAGUCUCGUUUAUGAAAUCAUUUAUAUGGGUCGACAAUUGACACGACACUUUGUCGGAUGUAUAUUGACGAUAGCAACUAGUUAGAUCUUAAGCAAUAUAAUUCGUUAGAAUUGAAUUCGUGGACUUCUUUUAUUAAAUAUAAACUGUGAUACGGUGAAUAUUUACGGAAGUGUAAAAGAUUAUUUUCUGGGCUCAGAACAAAAAUACUCAAUGUUACAAUUGAUACCUAACCUAACCUUUUUCUUGUAUAAAGGAAAAAUAAUUUAAGGGUAUAUAUUGCCUUAGACUAUUGUUUCAGGAAUUAAAAUUAGAAAUGGUUGAUCAGAGUAUCUUUGGGUUAGGUUUUCUGAUUUGUUUAGGUAUUGUCUUCAAUUUUUCUUUGCAUCGCAUUGAAGAGGGUCAUGUCGGAGUUUAUUUUCGAGGUGGUGCAUUGCUACCGUAUGUUAGCAAUCCAGGUUUUCAUAUGAUGAUACCACUUUUAACUUCAUAUCGUUCUGUGCAAGUGACUUUACAAACUGAUGAAGUUAAAAAUGUUCCAUGUGGUACUAGUGGAGGUGUCAUGAUAUAUUUCGAUCGUAUAGAAGUUGUAAAUAUACUGGAUGCCAAUAGCGUGUACAACAUGGUCAAAAAUUUUACAGCAGAUUAUGAUAGGACAUUAAUUUUCAAUAAGGUUCAUCAUGAGCUAAAUCAAUUUUGCUCUGUGCAUACCUUACAUGAAGUGUAUAUAGAUUUAUUUGAUCAGAUAGAUGAAAAUUUAAAGACAGCGUUACAAAAAGAUCUGAAUGAAUUAGCACCUGGCCUGAAUAUACAGGCGGUUCGAGUAACAAAGCCAAAAAUACCAGAAACUAUUCGGAAAAAUUAUGAGUUAAUGGAAGCAGAAAAGACCAAACUAUUAAUUUCUGUGCAGCACCAAAAGGUCGUAGAAAAAGAUGCUGAGACUGAUAGAAAAAAAGCUAUUAUUGAAGCAGAAAAAGAGGCGCAAGUUGCACAAAUUCAAUACAAUCAAAAAAUUAUGGAGAAAGAAUCCUUACAACGGAUGGCAGCAAUCGAAGAUGAGAUGUCUUUAGCAAGACAAAAGAGUCACGCCGAAGGCGAAUAUUAUCAACUCAAAAAACAAGCUGAAGCUAACAAAGCUCUAUUCUCAAAGGAAUAUAUAGAACUUAAAAAAUAUGAAUCAUUAAUGCAGAAUGCUAAGGUAUAUUAUGGACAGGAUAUUCCAAAGAUGUUUGCCUUUGGAGGCUGUUCAGUAGAUCCAAACCUUGGCGUACAUCCAAGCAUCACGGAAAAUAAUAGCAGUGUCCACCCUGCAUCUCGGUUAUCCUCAAAAGAUGAUUAAUUCAUAUUUCCACAUAUUGUACAAAAUGUCGGAGUGCAAACAGUGACAUUUUAAUAAAUAGAUAGAGUAUUAUAUAAAAUAAAAUCAAGUUUCCCAAAGUAUAAGUUCAAUAAUAA